AUGGAAGGAGUCCUAGAGAAGGACACAAAGGGUCCAGAAGACAUUUUGUUGGACAUUACUGAGACUAAGAAGAUUUUCAAAUGGAGGAAAAACAUUAGGAGUAGCUUAAAUGGUUCCAACGAAGGUAAGACACGCGUAGAGACCUUCAAUCUUGUUGGAAUAGAGAACUCAAGGUCGGAAGAGGAUCAGAGAAGUCCGAAGACACCCACAGAUGGCGCGUGA